AUGAGCGCGAUGGUGGGCACCUUGCCCGACGCCUUCACCAACGAGUUCCUGUCGCUCACGGAUCACCUGCCCGUGAGCCGUUUGGAGGAGGUCUACCGGAUCAUCCAGCGGACCUUCCAGAAGCCGCCCAAGGUGAUCUUCUCGGAGUUCGACCCCGAGCCCUUGGCCUCGGCCUCCAUUGCGCAGGUGCACAAGGCCCGGCUCCGGUCCACAAACCAGAUCGUGGCCGUGAAGGUCCAGCACGAUGGUGUAGACCGAAUCUUCCUGGAGGACAUCGAGACCCUCACGGCCGUGGCCGAGCAGGUCUCUUACUGGGCACCGGAUCUGGAUUUCCGGAAGUUCGCGGAGGAGUGGCGAGAGUCCUUGCCGCGGGAGCUGGACUUUUGCCAUGAGCACGAUGCGCUGGAGCGCGCGGGCAAGAAGCUCCGCGAGGCUGGGAACUGCUGCAUCGUGCCGGAGGUCCACCAUGAGCUUUGUGGUGAUUUGCAGUGGAAAGGUCGGUCCAAGUUGGUGGCAGGUGGCGAACGGCGCUUUUGGGCUUUCUUAGGUGCACAUGUCUUUGUCAUGGAGUUCAUUGAUGCUGGGCCGAUCUUAGAUUUGGGCAAGGCGGAGUUCUGUGCGAAGCACCACAUCGACAAGCACCGAGUGCUGACGGAGCUGCUUCACGCGUUUGGCAUCAUGGCCUUCAAGGACGGGAUGUUCCACGCGGACCCCCACGCGGGCAACGUGCGCCUCGUGGUGGAUCCCACCGCCCCGGGCGGCGCGAAGCCGGUGCUCUUGGAUUGGGGCCUCAUUCGGGAGAUUACAGACGCAGAGCGGUUAGGCCUGGCGAAGGUCUUCCACUCCUUGGCCAACUUUGACAUCGCGGGGCUUUUUGAUGUCCUCGAGUCCUUGGGGUUUAGCCUCCGGCAAGAGCUCGUGAACGAUGAUCUCAAGCGGGAUCUCAUUGAGAAGGCUCGAGGUGUGGUCAAGGACACCAUCAAUCGGCACAAGACCCGAGAGAACGCGCGGGAGGAGUUGGCAGAGUUUAAGGACUGGCCCCGUUGCAUCAUCUUCUUCAUGCGAAUGCUGCAAAUCUUGCGGGGGCUUUGUGUGGCUGUGGAUGCUGAAGGGAUGCCUUUGUUGCAGAUCUUCUCCAGCCAUGCGCGGGAGGCCUUGCAGGAAGGCUCCAGGCCCGCUGGCAGAGCCGUUGUGGGAGCUUUGUUGGUGUUUCUCAAAAUUAACAUGACAAGAGACCUGAGAUGA